AUGAGCAAAGCCGACAUUGUUGAGGCGCCCCAUGUGGUCGAGGACGUGGCCGACGGCAAGCAGCGGACAAACUACGACAAGGUCGACAAUGAGGUUGCCAAGUACGCUGGCGAGGCGAUUAUCGAAAUCGAUGCUGCGACCAACAAGAGGUUGAAGAGGAUGAUUGACAAGCGAGUGUUGAGUGUCAUGGUCUUCACUUACUUCAUGCAGUCGCUGGACAAGGGGACAAUGUCGUUCGCGUCCAUCAUGGGCAUCAUUCCUGACACAGGUCUUGUGGGCCAACAGGAAAACUACAUUAUCCAGAAGAUCCCGAUUGCGAAAUGGCUCUCGUUCAACAUCAUCAUGUGGGGCGUGACGCUCAGCCUCCACGCGGCAUGCCACAACUUUGUCGGUCUGGUCAUCGUCCGUGGCUUCUUGGGUGGUUUCGAGGCAGUCUGCCAACCGACCUUCGUCCUGCUCACGUCCAUGUGGUAUAAGCGUGAGGAGCAGGCCUCAACUGCCAUCUACUGGUACAUGAUGAACGGCCUCCAGCAAAUUAUUGGCGGCCUCCUGGCCUUUGGCUUCUCCUUCAUCCCCUCCUCAUCGCCCAUCCGAUCCUGGCAAGCCCUCUUCAUGACCUACGGUAUUAUCACCGUCUUCUGGGGCGCCUUCGUCAUGUGGUGGAUGCCCGACUCACCGAUGAAGGCGCACUGCUUCAGCGAGGAGGAUAAGAAGCUCAUGGUGGAGCGCGUGCGGUCCAAUCGUACCGGGUUGCAGAACCGCAAGUGGCGCAAGGAGCAGGUCUUUGCUGCGUUCAAAGAUCCUCAAGUGUAUGGGUUCGCUCUCAUUCAGCUCUUGACUACCCUCCCGUCUGGAGGUCUCGGCGCAUUCGCAAACAUCAUCAUCAAGUCCUUUGGUUUCUCCACCUGGGAAACCCAGCUCCUCCAAAGCGUUACAGGCAUUCUCCAAAUCAUCACCAUGCUCACAGCCUCUUGGAUCGACAGACGCUUCAAGCAAACAAUCUUGGCCAUGAUGGCCGCCGUCGUUCCCACCAUCGCCGGCACCGUCGUCCUCCUCACGGUCCCCUUCGAGCACAGCAAGAAAGUAGGCCUGCUCCUCGCUUACUACAUCAUGAUCUCCUUCUGGGCGUGCAGCGGUCUCGCACUCUCGCUCGUCACGCGCAACGUGGCCGGACAGACCAAGAAGGGCGUCGUGAUUACGAGCAACUUUAUCUUUUGGGCCGUGGGCAACUCGAUCGGUCCGCAGGUGUUCCGCGCCAAGGACGCGCCGCGGUACUUUUUGGCGCUGGCGAUUAUUUUGGGGUGCUUUGUGUUGUUGGAGGUUGUGCUUUUUGCGCUGCGGACGUAUUAUGAGGACGUCAACUUCAGAUACAACUACUAA